GAGUCAGGCAGAAAGGACCGUACCACAACCAAACACUGUGGCAAUCUAGACUAUUGGAGCAGAGCGGCCGAUUAAGUUGCAGAGGAGAUAGAAAGCUCAUGACAGGUUCACUGUGGCCUAUAACCGGGGUAGAAAAAGAGAAGAGCGUAGCGUCUCUUGCGUUUCACUUCAUGGUACCAAUCAAUUACUUCCCCGACGCCCGUCCCAAUAGGCCGAGCCUGCGGAGAGAAAACGUGAACGUAUGCGCAGACUCUUGUUGCGAGAGAGAGUGCGCGAAAUCCGGAUGAAGGAGAAGAGACAGCAAGGAAGUUCCCGUCUUGGGCAACCGGAUGAUGAGGCUGGGAGGUGGGCCUGUUUUUUCCUUGGUUCGGAGCGUAAAAUACGCAAAGUGAGACCUGCGGCGCUCCCUUAGGUUAUAAGUAGGAUCAAAAAUGACCAAUUCCAUAACACCUUCUACCUAUGUACGUUCCCUUGGCUAUGGAAUGAUGAGACAGCUGGCAGAUUUCAUUGAUCCACAAGAAGGAUGGAAGAAGUUAGCUGCUGAUAUAACCGAUUCAUCUGGUGUUAAACGAUACAACCAAAUGCAAAUAAGGCGAUUUGAAGCAUUAAAACAAGUAGGGAAAAGUCCUACAUGUGAAUUACUUUAUGAUUGGGGAACAUUAAAUUGUACAGUUAGUGAUUUGGUGGACCUCCUCAUCAGAAAUCAGUUCUUGGCACCAGCAAGUCUUUUGAUUCCAGAAACUGUACUCCUACAUACAAAAGGAUCUCUUGUAGAAGGCAAGAAAAUACUACUUGAAUUGCCACCCUUGGAUCCAAAUGAAGGUCACCUAACAUCAAACAAUUGUGAUCUGAGUUCAGAUAACAACAGCAGUCACCUUAAUGAUACAGGAUUCAAAAAGUUCUUGUUUUAUGAGCUGAAAAGUAUCACAAAUAACUUUGAUGACAGAACUGUGUCAGCUGGUGGCAACAAGAUUGGCGAAGGAGGCUUUGGAGUGGUUUACAAAGGAUGCAUCAACGGCCAAACAGUGGCAGUUAAAAAACUUUCAGCUUUGGCUAAUAUAUGUAUCGAAGACCUGAAAAAGCAAUUUGAGCAAGAAAUAAAGAUUAUGGCAAAAUGCCAACAUGAAAACUUAGUAGAAUUGCUUGGUUUUUCAAAUGAUUUUGAUCAGCCUUGCUUAGUAUAUGAUUAUAUGCCCAAGGGGUCCUUGCUUGAUAGAUUAGCUUGCCUGGACAACUCUUCACCAAUACCAUGGAAAACAAGAUGCAACAUUGCGUACGGGGCAUCAAAUGGAAUCUCUUUCUUGCAUGAAAAUAACCACAUUCAUCGAGAUAUUAAAAGUGCAAAUAUCUUACUAACAGAAUCAUUUGUGCCAAAACUUUCUGACUUUGGGCUUGCAAGGGCAUCGGUAAAAUUUACACACACUAUUCUAACAGAUAGAAUAGUUGGGACAGCAGCUUAUAUGGCUCCAGAGGCAUUAAGAGGAGAGAUAACUCCUAAAUCGGAUAUCUUCAGUUUUGGCGUGGUAUUACUUGAAAUAAUAACUGGGCUUAGUCCUAUGGAUGAAAAUCGGGAUCCCCAGUUACUACUGUCCAUCAAAGAGGAAAUUGAAGAUGAAGAAAAGACUAUUGAAGAUUAUGUUGAUAAAAAAAUCAGCAAUUGGAACAUCACCUUGAUUGAACAAAUGUAUUUAAUUGCUUCCCCGUGUCUGCAUGAGAAGAAGAACCGGAGGCCAGAUAUUGAAAGGGUCAAAGAACAUUUAAAAGAAAUGUUGAUCGGAUAAGGUCAGUUCUGUAUCUUAACUUGAUGUUUAAAUAAACCUGUUUUUAUAUCCUGACUUGAAUAUUUGUGUUCCUCUAUGAUGGUUAAUCAGUAUUUUUUUAAAUGAACACAGUAAGGUUUGUGGCCCUUCUAUCUAUUCAUAAAUUAGGAUCUACAAUAUAGUGAUAAAAAUGUAUUCAGGAAUACCAAAAUGAUAUCUGCAACAAAGAUUAUAUAAUCUUGUAUUUUUAAAAUCAUGUAUGUUUCUAUUAUAUAUUCUAAACCAAAUAUAAUUUAUUUUCAAAAACAUUGUCUCUUUUCUAGGCUGGUUUUCCUUAGCAUAUUUCUUAAAACGGUUUCUUAAAUUAAUUUCACCUUUAGAGUCAGUUUUUACUAUAAUCUUAUGUAACUUUGCUUAGCAACUUUGAUUGCUAAGAAUGAAAAAAAAUGGUUUGAGGUUGGAGAAGCUAUCAAGACUCUUCAGUAUUGGAAGAUUUGCUUUGAAUGGAUAGCUGAGAGGAAACUGUCUUUAUUUGCUUCAUUUUAGCCUAGCAAAAGUUUCAUUGUAGGUUUGAUGCUAAAGUAGGCGAGAGCCUUAUUAUUUAUGGAUUAUAUCACAAAGUUUAUUAAAAGGAUCCUAGUAAAGGUUUAUUAUAAGGAUUAUAGUAUU